AUGUCGCCUUCCAAAAUGUCACAGCCGAUUACUGAUGCUGCUCAGGUUGAGCAAAAAAUUAGACACGAAUUGAGUCUGAGCAACGAAGUGAUUACGAUUAGACGUAAUGCUCCAGCGGCUAUCUUGUAUGAAGAUGCGCUUGGGGAGAAGAAGACGACUAUCUCUUCGAGUGGUGCUUUGAUUGCGUACUCUGGAGAAAAGACCGGUCGUUCACCUCGUGAUAAGCGCAUUAUUGAGGAAGAAACGUCAAAGAACAACAUUUGGUGGGGCCCAGUGAAUAAACCGUGUUCUGAAAAGACUUGGUCGAUUAACCGUGAAAGAGCAGCUGAUUAUUUGAGAACCAGAGAUCAUCUCUACAUUGUGGAUGCAUUUGCCGGUUGGGAUCCUCGUUACAGGAUUAAAGUGCGUGUUGUAUGUGCCAGAGCGUACCACGCAUUGUUUAUGACCAACAUGUUGAUCAGACCAACCGAGGAAGAACUGGCUCAUUUUGGAGAGCCUGAUUUCACGGUUUGGAACGCUGGUCAAUUUCCUGCUAACCUACACACGGAAGGCAUGUCUUCCAAGACUACCAUUGAGAUUAAUUUCAAAGCUAUGGAGAUGAUCAUUCUUGGUACAGAAUACGCCGGUGAGAUGAAGAAGGGUAUCUUUACCGUUAUGUUUUAUUUGAUGCCUGUUCACCACAACGUGCUUACUUUGCAUUCAUCCGCUAACCAAGGUAUUGAAAAGAAUGAUGUUAGUUUAUUCUUUGGUCUGAGUGGUACCGGUAAGACUACUUUGUCAGCCGAUCCUCAUCGUAAACUAAUCGGCGAUGACGAACAUUGUUGGUCCGAUCAUGGUGUCUUCAAUAUCGAAGGCGGUUGUUACGCAAAGACGAUUGGGUUAACGGCAGAAAAGGAACCAGAGAUCUUCGACGCUAUUAAAUUCGGUGCGAUCUUGGAGAACGUGGUCUAUGAUCCAAAGACUCGUGAUGUGGAUUAUUUUGAUUCUUCCAUCACUGAAAACACAAGAUGUGCUUACCCAAUCGAUUACAUCCCCAGUGCCAAGAUUCCUUGCCUAGCGGAUGCUCAUCCACAAAACUUGAUCCUAUUGACCUGUGACGCUUCCGGUGUGUUGCCACCAGUGUCGAAAUUGACUCCGGAGCAGGUCAUGUACCAUUUCAUUUCAGGCUACACUUCCAAGAUGGCAGGAACCGAGCAAGGUGUCACUGAACCUGAGGCUACUUUCUCUUCAUGCUUUGGCCAACCUUUCCUAGCGCUACAUCCUAUGAAAUAUGCAACAAUGUUGGCCAAGAAGAUGUCAGAACAUAGAGCCAAUGCUUGGUUGAUCAACACCGGCUGGACCGGUUCUUCAUACGUAGCUGGCGGUAACCGUUGUCCUUUGAAAUACACAAGAGCCAUCCUGGAUGCCAUUCACGACGGUUCUCUUGCCAAGGAAUCGUAUGAGAGUCUACCCAUUUUCAACUUACAGAUUCCUACAAAGGUCAGCGGUGUUCCAUCUGGAUUGCUGAAUCCAUCUAAGAACUGGGUCGGCGGCGAAGCCAAGUACCUGUCCGCAGUCAAGAACUUGGCACAAUUGUUUGUGGAAAAUUUUAAGACCUACCAAGACAAAGCCACUCCAGAAGUUCUGGCAGCAGGUCCUCAAGUAUAA